AUGGUGAUCGAUGGCUAUGGCGAGUUGCAGGCUGAUUCUCCACUUGUGUCGACCCUGAUUUGGGUAUGCCUACUCCGAAUUGAAGAGUCCUAUCGCCUUGAAGGUCCGCGAGGGGCGUUUGAGCUCUUGGAAUUAAUCAUACCGGCCCUCGGCGAUAAGUUCACUGAGGCCCUACUCGAAACUGUUGGUCGAAUAAUCUACAUAUUCUUUAAAGAUGGCGAGGAACUUCGAGGGUGCGGUGGUCAAGAAGGCGGCUUUCUCGUGGUGCGGGUGAUGCUCUCGGCAUUCAUUGCCAAUGCCGACGAUACCCUCGAAGUGCUAGACAGCCGCGAUGCCGUGGCUCCCGUUUUCAACGUGUGGGACAAGUACCGCGAUAGAUUCAGGCACGAAUACGCCAUCAAGCUACAAAUGUUGGCGGCGCACCUGAUAUUACUGCUGAAACAACUAAAGGUCCCUUCCCAUGGACCGUCAGAGACAAGUGUAUAA